AUGGACAGUCCAGGACAAACAACAGUGUGCGAUGAGCCACAGCGCAAAGACGGAAAGCGUCGCGAUUCUGGACUGGAUCCUUUCAUCACCCAAAUGGAUGAUGCCUCGUAUGCAUACUACUCUCUCAUUCAACAGUACGCGCUACGAAGCUUUCAAGGCCGUGACUUUCAAUACAAGGCCUUCGCAGCUGCCGUAUCUAGCCAAGGUAGAACCGACGAGCAGCGUUGCCGAGUCACAGUGAUCGAGUUCAUUGGCAGCUCUUCUGAAGAGGUCGCUUUACAUAAUGGCGAGCACUUACAGCAGUAUCUGGAUAGCGGAGAGAUGAUGCGGGAUGGGCGUGCACGUCGAAUCUUCGUUGUGGAAGAUUUGGCGGUAAGACACAUUUGCUUGCUGGGACCUCGCCUGCAAAUACACCCCAGUGUAUUUGCAAACCAUUAUAAUCAUGACUCAGCAUCAGCGCAUGCCAAUUGUAUGAGAGCAAUUCCGUUAUCCGACAAAUUGAACACUGAAGACGGCAUGAAGAAUCCAAGUGCUGUCAGACCUACUGGUGAGAAGAGACGAUUUGCUCUCCGCUACCCGACAACAAUGCCCAGACUUUCCGCUCAACACAAUCCGGAUCCCAAGCUGUGUCCAGACUGGCUGAAGCCGACUCCCGAGAUUUCAAACCAAAAUGCAUAUGCGAAAUUCAACAUUGAACGUGGGAUUGAUACACCGGACAUCAAUGAUUUGUGGGACGAGCCCGGAAAAGUAGCCAUAAUGGACAAUCAAGUGACGUAUUGGUCCCGCCCAGAGAAUGAUGGUUGGGCAGGUAUGUUCUAG